AUGCUGCGCCGAGCCGCCGGAGCGUUCCUCUUCUCCAUCUCUCCCGCCUUUGCGGCGGCGCCUUGCCAACGGCUGCCCGGUGUGUUCGCGGCGGGCUUAACGACAUCCGGCGCCGCUGCGGCCGACAGCACCACGGACAAGAUCAAGGAGACCGUAUCCCGCGUGGCUGAGAAGAUCCAUGACGCGACGGAACGAGCCAAAGAGUCCCUCAAGGGCGCCGCCGACUCCGCCAGCCAUACCAUGGGCGAGUACAAGGACCGUGCUCGGGAAGGCGUCGACAACACCAAAGCAGCGGCGAGCGACAUGAAGGAACAAGCCAAGCAGCGCAUGUCCCAGUACGGCGAGGGAGCUCGGGAGGGACUUCGGGAGGCUCGGGACUCCGCAUCCGAGGCCGUUCAUUCCGCCGGCGAGCAGGCUAAGGAGUCUCUCCGCGGCGCGCGCGACAGCCUUCGGGGCACUGCCGAGGCGGCCGGGGAGAGAAUCCGUACCACGACGGCAGAGGGGCAGCAGCAACAGGGCGUCAGCGGUGUGGACGAGCAGAGCGACGUGCUGGGCAGCACUACCCCGACGGCGGAGGGCGGCAGCCGGGGGGAUGAGGCGGCGCGGGCGGCGGGGCGAGUGGUUGGGGAGACUGCUUCGGCGUUCAGGUCGGGCCAGGAGGAGGGGGAGCGCCGCAAUGGUGGUGGUAGCGGGCGCUAG